AUCUGUCUCUCUGAGCUGUGACCCGCUGAACCCGCCCAAGCUCCUUGACUCCUCGACCCAGCUUCCUCUCUCCCCUGCACGCCAGGCUGCCCGACUGUACUACAUUUUCCGGGCGAUUCAAGACGUGAGCCAUUCUGCAAUGGACCAAUCCCACAUUGACGCCCUCCUCGGGAGGUAUCUCCUCCUGCUCGACGAGUACACCCAGCUUCGCGACCGCCUCGCCAAGCUCCAAUCCAACGUCUUCUACCAGCUCGCCCGCGCCAACUUUGAGACACAGCGAGGGUUUCGCUAUGGCAGCGACCAAUACGACGCGCGCAUGAAGGCUUCGCGACAGCUGCAAAUAUUCGAGGACGCUGAGGACGGCAUGACAUGGCAGAUCAGGGAUGCAGUCCAUGAAGCUGAACCCGAGACGAAGGAGGAGGAGCACGAAGAAGAGGGAGAGGAAGCGGCCAGCCACGACGACAAGCUGGCGGAAGAGCUUGAGGAGAAACUGGGACUUUCUGAUAACAGCGAGGCAGAGAGUGAAGAACCAGCGCCGCAGGCAGAACAACAACGCAAAAUUGGCGAUCCGCUCCGCUGGUACGGGCUCUUCCCCCCAGCGAGUCUACGAACUGCACAGUCUGCGUCGAUAGAGGCGGUGCAAGAGGUUAUACCGCGUCUCGUGACAGUCGACGUCAAGAUGCAGCAACUGGAGAUUGAGAUCCGGCGAGCACGGAAGAAGAGGGCCAAGGCAGAAGAGAAGAAGAGCAAAGUUGAGGCCACAGAGAGUGCGGCGGUAGGAGCGUCAGUAUGAUGGUAUCCUUGCAGUGUCCUU